AUAAACUGGAUUUCGCUAGGUUGAAGUAUAUGAUUGUUAGUCCGGUUAAUCUCAAAAAAUAAUAGGCGUUUUAUUUGUGUAUGCUGGAAAUUAUAGCUGUAUUCUUCGAAAUAAACAAGUCGAAUUGAAUAACUAUGUAUAUAUUGCAUUAUAGAGCAUGUCAACAUGAUAUUCUCUCCCUAGCAUAUUGCAUUGGUAAUAUAUGUUGAAGCUUAAUACGACUCGCAUUUUAUCUACGCAAUGUUUAUCAAACCAGAGGAGGUGUUAGUCGCUAAUGCCUUCUGGGAGACAGAGGAAUCGUCCAUAUAUUUUGUUUUGCAGCAUCGUAAAGGCCAUGGAAAUUCUAAAGGACUGUCAGCAAUGCUUGUUGGAACCAUUGAUAGUAUAUUUGACACAAAGCCAGCUCCUUACAGAAUUCUCCAUCAAACACCAUCGUCGGAAGUAUAUUACAUGGUUUCCUGUGCAAUGACACACAAAGAGAUUUUAGAGGACUGGCACUGGCUUUUUGAGAAUGUAUCUGAUACGCUAAGCUCAUUUGAGAAUGAAGAUGAAAUCACAGAUUUUGUACAAUGUAAAAUUGAAUCUGUUAUUGCAUCCAGACAGAAACCAAUUGAUAUUGAAGAUGAGGACACUACAGAGUUCAAGGCAAAAUCAAAUUCUUUUCUAAAACUGUUUAUGAUACCAAAAGAUGAAAAACUAGUCAAUUAUUAUUCAUGCAGCUAUUGGAAAGGUAAACUUCCCAGGCAGGGCUGGAUCUACUUUUCAUUGAAUUACUGCUGUUUUCACUCUUACAUUCUGGGCCAUCAUACCAAAGAAGUUAUACGAUGGUCUGACGUCAAAGAAUUAAAAAAAAUUAACAGUAUGUUAGCGCCAGAUUCUAUAAAAAUCGUAACAAGGCAGAGAGAAUACUAUUUCAAUAUGUUUUUGAGAAAAGCUGAAACUUUCACUUUGAUGGACCAACUUGUAGAUUUAGCAAUGAAAAGGCUCAUUGACGAUAAAAGAUGUUAUAGCAGCGAUAGAGAUCUUUUGAAUAAAUUAAGUAAGAAUGUACAGAAAAAAGCUUCAUUUCUCAAGCGUGAUUUAGAUGCAAGAGCGCAGUCCGAAGCUUAUAGGUUAUUGUUCAGGUUACCAUCAUCAGAAAAAUUGGACGGUCUCAUUGAUUGCACUCUGAUGACUCCAUACAAUAAGAAGCACAUUGUUGGUAGACUGUCUUUAUCACAAAACUACAUAUGCUUUGAAAGUAGGAUAAAGGCGUUAGUGAGUUUGGUGAUACCAUUAAGAGAUGUUAAACUAGCUGAAAAAAUAGAUAACAAUCAAACCAAUCAUUCCUUAGACAAGGCCAUCAUUAUAACAACAAUAAACGAAUUCAACAAAACAAACUUUAUAUUCGCCCAAAUUGUGGAUAGAGAUUUCUUAGUAGAGAAAAUAUCAGAAUUGUUGUCUAAAACUUCUUCGAAAAGUCGAGAACCUAUUGGCUAUAGAAGGGAGAGCAGUGUGUCUACUAUAUCUUCAUCCUCACCCGUUGAUACUUCGUGGAAAUGUCAGCCCCCCCUCAUGAAAUUGUUUCCCCUCCAAAACAUUCCACUGGUGGCUAAAAAACAGGAAGAGAUGGAAAAAGAAUGGGAAUUACAUUUCAAUAAGUACGGCCAUGGGGUUUCGAUGUACAGGACACACGACGUUUGCAAAUUGGUAUUGCAAGGAAUACCUGACAAGCUGAAAAUGGACAUUUGGAUGACAUUUUCUGGUGCAGCGAAUGAGAAAGCUACUUACCCUGGUUACUACAGAUCCCUAGUUGAAAAAGCACAAAAACAAUCUUCUACAGCUAAUGACGAAAUCGAAAGAGACCUACACAGAUCGUUACCAGAACAUCCUGCAUUCCAAGAUAAAAUCGGUAUAGAUACUUUGAGGAGAAUUCUAAGUGCAUAUGCCUACCAUAACCCUGUGAUUGGAUAUUGCCAAGCUAUGAAUAUUGUUGCUUCUGUCCUUUUGAUUUAUUGCUCUGAAGAGGAUGCUUUCUGGCUGUUGGCAACACUGUGUGAAAAUUUGUUACCAGAUUAUUACAAUACUAGAGUGAUAGGUGCAGUGGUUGAUCAAGGAAUUCUGGAUGAACUAACUAAAGAGUACUUACCGGAAUUACACGACAAACUGAAUGAAUUAGGAAUGAAUAACAUGAUUUCGUUGUCAUGGUUUCUUACAAUAUUUCUCUGCGUCAUGCCUUAUGAGAGCGCUGUUAAUAUAAUGGAUUGCUUUUUUUAUGAUGGUUCGAAGGUUAUAUUCCAAAUUGCCCUCAAACUGCUGGAAAUUAAUCAAGAGCAGCUAUUCAAUUGUCGAGACGAAGGUGAAGCCAUGCAGCUCUUAUCCGAUUUUCUUAAUGGUGUCUACAAUGAUGAAGGUAGAGGCGCCAUUCGAAGUAAAAGUUACGAUGAGCAAAAGAGGAGUAUUUCUGUUCAAAAGUUGAUCUAUGAGGCGUACUCGAAAUAUGCUAACCUAACUACUGGUCAAAUCGAAUGCUUGAGACUGAAACAUAGAGUAAGGGUAGUACAAGAAUUAGAAGACACUUCUGAAAGGAACGCAAUAAGAUGUGUUAUAGGUGAUGGGUUUUUCCCAAAGACUGAGCUGGAGGAAUUACUUAGUUUAGUAAGAGAGGAGAUAAUAUGUCAAAAACGAACUGUCCCAGAUAAAAGCGAUCCAUUCUUGCAACCAUACGAGGCUUACAAGGUCGAUUUUGAAUAUUUCAAGAUUCUUUUUGCCACGUUUUCACCUUGGGGCAAAGGAGAAUUUGCUGAAUCAAUGGCAGCCAGAAUUUUUAGUUUGAUGGAUAGCAAUCACGACAGCUAUUUGGAUUUCCGCGAAUUGGUAGCUGCCAUUGGUCUCACAACGACAGCUGACGCUACGCAAAGGUUGAAACUACUUUAUGCGAUACACCUGCCACCUCUGUUGAGCAUGACCGACAUACAAUCUCCUGUAACCAACGAGUUUGGUGAUGAAAUUGCUCCGGAAGCUACGGAAUUCUUCCAGAGCAUCGAGGAGAGCGUUGCUUUGGAUAGCCUCAGCUUGACCGUGGAGGAAGAUCAGGCAAGAACCUACAGCUGGCAACGUUCAUGUGAUUCACAACUCUCCACGGACUCUAACAAUCAGAAAACGGAGGAACUGAAUUGGGAAACGAAGAGUCUUCUCAAUCUGAGAACAAUGGUUCAGUCCAAAGAGAGCAAAGCGAAUUUGAAAUCCGUACCUAGAAUGGGACAACAUCAUUUCAUAUCGUUAUGGAAGAAUGUUUUCGAAAUCGUUCAAUCGGAUUCAAAUAACACUGAGAAAAUGGUUCAGGCUGUAGGAGAUGUGGGUAUUAUGCUUUUUAAAUUAGGGGAUGUGAGACGGAAAUUUUUUGUACCUAGAGAUGAUUCAGAUGAUAGUCUGCUAGCUGCAGCUUCUACCCAUAGUUCUUCAGGGUUCGAAGACUUGAGUCCAGAUAAAAAUGGCAAUCCAACAACACCACAGGGCGAAAUUCAAUGGUUUAUCACCGUUGAACAAUUCCUAGCUACAGUAUUGAACUCUGAAUCUCUAUCUGAAUUUUUCUCAAAGAGGUAUUCAAUAUCUGAGCAUGUGCAAACAUUGAAAAGAAGAAGAUUUGAAUGACAACUUCAAAUUGAACAUUUAUUGCAUAUAAUAUUCGAGUAUUCGGAAUGGCUAAUGCAUUUCGUUUUCCAUUUUUAUAUACUUUCCAAAAAUCUCUGACAUAACAUACUACAUGGGUUUUUGUUUUAUAUUUGUACUAAUUACACUAAAAAUACUUAGAGUUUUACAAGGAAAUAUAUUGUAUAAAAUUUCUAUUAUGUAUAUCAUGAAUUUAUUUUAUUAUAUAUAGUUUUAAUUUACAAUGUUAAUCAUUACAAGCUACAACCAGUGUUUUUUUUUUUAUUCAUGUGUUAUUUUUUUGUUGAAUGUUUUUAUUUCAAUUUUGGCAUUUUCAAAAUGAGAUUAUUUAAGACAAAUCAUUAUUUACUUUAUUAUGUGCUCUGUAAUUUAAUGUGAAAAAAUUCUGAAUUGCAUUGUUGUUGAAAGCAUAUAAGUGCAAGCGCUUAUUGUUCAAAAAUACAAUAAUUUUUAAUGAAUAUCGUUGAUGCCAAAUGUGCCAUUGAAUAAACUGCAAAAUAAGCGAUGUUAUUAAUCUCUUUGAAUAAAGUUGUUUUGAAGUAUCA